GGUACGAGGCCCGUGGCCGAGGCUUCUAGAGGCUCUCCGUGCUCAGAGGCAACAAGUGGCGAGGCGGCGGUGAGCACGGGGGGCGGGGGGGAGGCGAUGAAUGGAGGGAGAGACGGAGCGAGAGAGAGACAACAAACAUCGAACCCGAUGCCUCUCUCUCUCUCGUCCGUCAGAGGUUUUUUUCAGUCGUCCUCCGACUACUAACAACAACAACGACGACUAACAACGACGACUAACAACGGCCGCCAUUCGUCAAUUAGUCGGCGGGCGACGCGAGCACGCCGCUGGUGCCAGGCUAGGUUCACCCGCUUCGAAAGGGCGGCAAUAAUAACCACAGACAGCGCGAGCCGUUCUUGGGGUACGGGGGACGGAGGGGGUGGUAGAGGUGGUGGUGGAGGUGUAGGUGGGAGUGAAGGGGAGGAGGAGGGGAGGAGGAGGAGGAGGGAGCCACAUACAUAAUUGAACUCGCGAUAAAUGUUGUAGCAAGAAGUUCGCAUCGCGUCUCCGAUGUCCGAGCCUCCGCGUUGACCCUUCCAUCCCGCCGCCGAGCCAUCGGAACCGCCGCCGCCGCCGAUGUCCUCGGUUCCUCCGCCGCCCCUCUCGGGCCCCUCCUUCGCCGUGGGGGGCCCUGGGCGACCCGCCGUGGGGCGGCCCCUGUCCGCCAACGUCCGCAAGCUGCACGGGGCCCUGGGCUCGCUGCUCAGCGACUCGGAGCGCCUGGCGCUGCUCCGACGCCUGCGCGAGUAUCAGGCGCGGCGCAACGUUCACGACCUCGUCACCGCCCUCCGCGACCUUCGCCUCGACUGCCCGCCCAGGCGCCACCUGCUGCCCCUGCUACGGCAGGUGCUGCCCGCGGCCGACCAGCUGCUCUUCGACACCUACACGUCGCGCGGUUGCUGCCUGGGGCAGCAGCAAGGAGCUGCUGCUCGUGACGGUGACGGUGGCGGCGGUGGCGGUGGUGCCGACGCAGCCACCCUGCCCAUCAGAGUGUCGUACAACUUCCCCAGCUCCACACACGCCUCCUUCAGCUCCAUCAGCUGCGCUUCUUGCGGGAGAGCAACAGAGGCGGAAAUCAGGCCUCACCAACCCACCCAGACGACAAACGGACCUCACCAACCCACUCAGUCCCGCCAGGCCUUGCCUCCCCAGGCCUCGGUGCGUCGCGUGCUGCUGGAGAGGGGGUCCCGGGGUGCCCCGGCGCCGCUGGGGCUGAGCGUGCGGGGUGGCGCCGAGCACGGUCUGCCCGUGGCGGUGGGCCGCGUGGCUCCCGACUCACUCGCCUGGCAGUGCGGCCUGCGACCCGGUGACCUCGUCCUGAGGGCCAACGGCGUCGUCCUGCACAACGGUGUGACGCACCAGGACGCCGUGCGGGUGCUGCGCUCAGGCCGCAGGCUGGACCUCACCGUGCUGUCCGUCCCCCCGGCCACCGAGACAACCACCGCGGGCGCAGCCGCACCGACACCACCACCACCACCGCACCACCGCCGCCACCGCACGUGGGGGGACACGUGGUGGGGCCAUGCGGCCGAGGCGGGGGGAGGGGGUGGCCCCCCUCCCGAUCGCCCGGGCGGGAGAGCGGACUGCGAGGCGCCCGGCGCGGAGGAGCGCGGCAGCCUCCGGCUGCUGAGCAACGGCGACGAGAGGAAGGUGAGCGUGUUCCCGGCCUCCGGCCGCGCCCCGCUGGGGCUCGUGGUUCGAGGCGGCUCCGACUUCGGCCUCGGCAUCUUCGUGUCCGGCCUCGACCCGGGCGGCGCUGCCGAGAGCGCGGGCCUCCAGGUCGGCGACCAGAUCGUGGAGGUGAACGGGCGGUGCCUCCGCUCGGCCAGCCACGCGGAGGCGGUGGCGACACUGGGCGCCAGCGCGCACCUCAUGCUCACCGUGCGCGACGUGGGCCGGCUCCCGAGGGCCCCCGCGGUGCCACGGCCCCGCUCCGCGCCGCCGCCGCCGCGCCGGCAACCGGCGACGGACGAUGAUGCGGAGCCGGCUCCGGUGAGGGGCGCCGCUGGCUCGCGCGCCCGCCUACCCGUGGUGUUGUGCCGCGGGGUGUGCGGCACCGGCGUGACCCCCAGCGCGCUGUGCGAACAGCCGCGGCGCGCCCUGGGGGAGCGAGCGGCGCUCGUCCUGGGGGGCCCCGCGGGCCGUGGUGGGGGGGCCCGGCUGGAGGGGCUGGUGGACGAGUACCGGGCGGGGGGGCUCACCGUGCCGGCGCUGCUCGCCCGGCUGGACGCACUGCUGCACACGCCGGAGCAGCGCUCGCUGCUGCAGGACGUGCGUGCGCUGGUGAGCGCGCGCGACCUGGACGAGUUCGACUCCCUGCUGCCCCGCAUCGGGACAGCGCCGUGCGAGGCAGCCCGGGCGUGGGGGCCACUUGGGGGAGGGCUCCGGUGGGGGGAGGGCGCCAACGGGAGCCACGGGGAGGGGGCCGAGGGGGCCGGACGCCACUGGGCCGGGGCUCGUGACCCCUGGGCCAGGCUGCAGGCUGGGGCGGCCGCCUCUCUCACGGAGGAGGAGGUGGAGGAGGUGGAGGAGGUGGGAGACCUCGUCCCGGAGACGAACCUGGACUGGGACCCGAGGACACGGGACGACGUGGGCACGCCUGUGCUUUCAGAGCGGCCUCCAUACCUCCACCCACCACCCCCAUCCCCAUCAUCACCACGUCACCAGCAGCACCAGCAGCAGCACCAGCAGGAGCAGCACCACCACCAGUAUCAUCAGCAUGAAGAUUUUUGUUCUCUGGACCCUGCUCCUCCCAGCAUGCCUUGCUGCACCUGUGCCGCCACCCCUCCUCCUCCGCCGCUCCCGUCAGCCCCAGGGGCUUCUGGGAGCCGGCCGCCAUCCAGGGCUCAGUCUCAAGAGCGGCGGCGCUCAUCCCACAACAACGACGGCGACGACGUCAAUAACAACGUCAACAAGAAUGGCCACCGCGGUGAGCAUCGAGAGGAGACGAGGCCCCCGAGGAGGGAGGGUCCGACACCGGGGCCCAAUCUCUUGGGCGACGAGGAGGGGGAGGUGCCCCAGACGGAGGGACCCCGGGCCCCAGGCGUCGCCGGACUGCGCAAGAUCCUGGAGGCCUCCCUGUCCCGGCAUGGCGGGGCCGGCUGGGCCGGAGGGGGAGGGGCCAGAGGAGGGGCCGAGCUGCUGGCGCACGCCGGCCGGCGCCCGCCCGUGCCCUUCCCGGCGGACGUGGCGUCCGUCGCUUUGUCAUCGUCACCGUCUUCAGUCGCCUCGUCGCUGGCAAAGACGGGCUCGGGCCCAGGGGGCUCCGUGUCCUCCUCGGGGGCCUCCUCGGUCGCCCCCCUUGCCGUGGCGCUGGCCGCGGCGGCGGCGUCGUCGUCGUCGCCGUCGUCGGCGCGGCCAUCCGACCCGGGCUACUCGAGCGCGUCACGAGGCCGCGGGUCGCCCCUCCGCCGCCGCUCCUCUUCCCCGUCGCCCUCCUCCUCGUCGUCCUCCUCCUCGUCGUCGCCGCCGGGAUCCCCGUCGUCCCGGCGCUCGGGGAAGGCGCCCAACGGGGGGGCGGCGGCUCGCCCGCGGGCGCUCGUCCUGCCCAGGGCCACCUCGCCCACCGUGCCGCCGCGCGGCACCGGCUCCCUGCCGCCCGCGGGCCCGGGGGAGCCGGGGAGCCGGAGCCCGGCGGGGCCCGCUGGGCUCGCGGAGCCCACGACGCCCGGCGUGGCGGUGGCGGAGAGGGAGGAGCGGAGGAACGUGCGCUUCGUGACGGUGGAGGUUCACCGCCCCAACGCGGAGCCGGACGUCAACCAAGCGACGGCGCUGCCACGCAGCCGAGACCCGCUACCGCUCUCCGCUGAGCCUAUCCGGAGCCUGGUGGUGGCAGCGGGGUCUGAGGCCACGCGGAACGGGUCCCAAGGGGCCCACGAGAGUGGUGGGGACAGCGGUGGGCCCACAAGGCCGCCUGGCAUGAGGGACGGGGCGACGCGCCGCGUCCGCGUGCCCAAGUGCGCCCCCACGCUGGGCAUUGCCAUCGAGGGCGGCGCCCACACCCGCCAGCCGCUGCCUCGCAUCGUCACCGUGCAGGAGGGCGGAUCGGCGCACGCGAGCGGACUGCUGCGCGUGGGCCAGCUGCUGCUGGAGGUGGACGGCACGAGCCUGCGUGACCUGCAGCACCACGACGCCGCGCGCACCAUCGCCCUGGCGUUCCGCGAGCCCAGCACGUCGCACAUCAGCUUCCUCGUCGCCGACUACUCCAUCGCUCCCUAGAGGGGCGCGCGUACUCGCGCACGCAGACAGCUCCAUCGCUCCCUAGGGGCGCGUACUCACACACGCAGACAGCUCCAUCGCUCCCUAGAGGGGCGCGUACUCACACACGCAGACAGCUCCAUCGCUCCCUAGAGGGGCGCGCGUACUCACACACGCAGACUGCUCCAUCGCUCCCUAGAGGGGCGCGCGUACUCACACACGCAGACAGCUCCAUCGCUCCCUAGGGGCGCGUACUCCCACACACAGACCGCUCCAUCGCUCCCUGGGGGGGCACGUACUCCCACACGCAGACCGCUCCAUCGCUCCCUGAGGGGCGCGCGUACUCCCACACGCAAACCGCUCCAUCGCUCCCUAGGGGCACGCGUACUCACACACUCAGACCGCUCCAUCGCUCCCUGGGGGGGCACGUACUCCCACACGCAAACCGCUCCAUCGCUCCCUAGGGGCACGCGUACUCACACACGCAGACCGCUCCAUCGCUCCCUAGGGGCGCGUACUCGCGCACGCAGACCGCUCCAUCGCUCCCUAGGGGCGCGUACUCCCACACGCAGACCGCUCCAUCUCUCCCUAGGGGCGCGCGUACUCCCACACACAGACCGCUCCAUCGCUCCCUAGGGGCGCGUACUCCCACACUCAGACUGCUCCAUCGCUCCCUGAGGGGCGCGCGUACUCCCACACGCAGACCGCUCCAUCACUCCCUAGGGGUGCGCGUACUCCCGCACGCAGACCGCUCCAUCGCUCCCUUAGGGCGCGCGUACUCACACACGCAGACCACUCCAUCGCUCCCUGAGGGGCGCGCGUACUCACACACGCAGACCGCUCCAUCGCUCCCUAGGGGCGCGUACUCCCGCACGCAGACCGCUCCAUCGCUCCCUGAGGGGCGCGCGUACUCGCGCACGCAGACCGCUCCAUCGCUCCCUGAGGGGCGCGUACUCCCGCACGCAGACCGCUCCAUCGCUCCCUAGGGGCGCGCGUACUCCCACACUCAGACCGCUCCAUCACUCCCUGAGGGGCGCGUACUCCCACACGCAGACCGCUCCAUCGCUCCCUAGGGGCGCGCGUACUCCCGCACGCAGACCACUCCAUCGCUCCCUAGGGGUGCACGUACUCCCACACGCAGACCGCUCCAUCGCUCCCUAGGGGCGCGCGUACUCCCGCACGCAGACCACUCCAUCGCUCCCUAGGGGUGCACGUACUCCCACACACAGACCGCUCCAUCGCUCCCUAGGGGCGCGUACUCCCACACACAGACCGCUCCAUCGCUCCCUAGGGGCACGCGUACUCCCACACACAGACCGCUCCAUCGCUCCCUAGGGGCACGCGUACUCCCACACACAGACCGCUCCAUCGCUCCCUGAGGGGGAGGGGACAGCGACCUGGUUUUAAACAUUUAUGUCGGCACAAGCAACACAAUAAUAAUACAGGACAAGUGAUAUAUUGCGUCUUAGAACACGGGAGCAGACCAACAACGAGUGCUCUGUGGAAGACAACAAAACACGGCAUGGGUCAGGCGUGACGGAACAGGGUGUGAGUGUUGACCGUAGCAAUAACCUGGUUUAUCACUGCUACGGUGUGAGUGUUGACCGUAGCAAUACCCUGGUUAUCACUGCUACGGUGUGAGUGUUGACCGUAGCAAUACCCUGGUUAUCACUGCUACGGUGUGAGUGUUGACCGUAGCAAUAACCUGGUUUAUCACUGCUACGGUGUGAGUGUUGACCGUAGCAAUACCCUGGUUAUCACUGCUGCGGUGUGAGUGUUGACUGUAGCAAUACCCUGGUUAUCACUGCUACGGUGUGAGUGUUGACCGUAGCAAUACCCUGGUUAUCACUGCUACGGUGUGAGUGUUGACCGUAGCAAUACCCUGGUUAUCACUGCUACGGUGUGAGUGUUGACCGUAGCAAUACCCUGGUUAUCACUGCUACGGUGUGAGUGUUGACCGUAGCAAUACCCUGGUUAUCACUGCUACGGUGUGAGUGUUGACCGUAGCAAUACCCUGGUUAUCACUGCUGCGGUGUGAGUGUUGACCGUAGCAAUACCCUGGUUAUCACUGCUACGGUGUGAGUGUUGACCAUAGCAAUACCCUGGUUAUCACUGCUGCGGUGUGUGUUGACCGUAGCAAUACCCUGGAUAUCACUGCUACGGUGUGAGUGUUGACCGUAGCAAUACCCCAGUUAUCACUGCUGCGGUGUGAGUGUUGACCGUAGCAAUACCCUGGUUAUCACUGCUACGGUGUGAGUGUUGACCGUAGCAAUACCCUGGUUAUCACUGCUGCGGUGUGAGUGUUGACCAUAGCAAUACCCUGGUUAUCACUGCGGCUGUGUGAGUUGACCAUAGCAAUACCCUGGUUAUCACUGCUACGGUGUGAGUGUUGACCGUAGCAAUACCCUGGUUAUCACUGCUGCGGUUUGAGUGUUUACCGUAGCAAUACCCUGGUUAUCACUGCGGCUGUGUGAGUGUUGACCGUAGCAAUACCCUGGUUAUCACUGCUGCGGUGUGUUGACCGUAGCAAUACCCUGGUUAUCACUGCUACGGUGUGAGUGUUGACCGUAGCAAUACCCUGGUUAUCACUGCUACGGUGAGCGUGUUGACCGUAGCAAUACCCUGGUUAUCAGUGCUACGGUGUGAGUGUUGACCGUAGCAAUACCCUGGUUAUCACUGCUGCGGUGUGAGUGUUAACCGUAACAAUACCCUGGUUAUCACUGCUACGGUGUGAGUGUUGACCGUAACAAUACCCUGGUUAUCACUGCUACGGUGUGAGUGUUGACCGUAGCAAUACCCUGGUUAUCACUGCUACGGUGCGAGUGUUGACCAUAGCAAUACCCUGGUCACCACUGCUGCGGUGUGAGUGUUGACCGUAGCAAUACCCUGGUUAUCACUGCUACGGUGUGAGUGUUGACCGUAGCAAUACCAUGGUUAUCACUGCUACGGUGAGUGUUGACCGUAGCAAUACCCUGGUCAUCACUGCUGCGGUGUGAGUGUUGACCGUAGCAAUACCAUGGUUAUCACUGCUGCGGUGUGAGUGUUGACCGUAGCAAUACCCUGGCUAUCACUGCUGCGGUGUGAGUGUUGACCAUAGCAAUACCCUGGUUAUCACUGCUACGGUGAGCGUGUUAACCGUAGCAAUACCCUGGUUAUCACUGCGGCUGUGUGAGUGUUGACCGUAGCAAUACCCCAGUUAUCACUGCUACGGUGUGAGUGUUGACCGUAGCAAUACCCCGGUUAUCACUGCUGCGGUGUGAGUGUUGACCGUAGCAAUACCCUGGUUAUCACUGCUGCGGUGUGAGUGUUGACCGUAGCAAUACCCUGGUUAUCACUGCUACGGUGAGUGUUGACCGUAGCAAUACCCUGGUCAUCACUGCUACGGUGAGUGUUGACCGUAGCAAUACCCUGGUUAUCACUGCUGCGGUGUGCGUGUUGACCGUAGCAAUACCCUGGAUAUCACUGCUGCGGUGUGAGUGUUGACCGUAGCAAUACCCUGGUCACCACUGCUGCGGUGUGAGUGUUGACCGUAGCAAUACCCUGGAUAUCACUGCUGCGGUGUGAGUGUUGACCGUAGCAAUACCCUGGUUAUCACUGCUACGGUGUGAGUGUUGACCGUAGCAAUACCCUGGUUAUCACUGCUACGGUGUGAGUGUUGACCGUAGCAAUACCCUGGUUAUCACUGCUACGGUGAGCGUGUUGACCGUAGCAAUACCCUGGUUAUCACUGCUGCGGUGUGAGUGUUGACCGUAGCAAUACCCUGGUUAUCACUGCUGCGGUGUGAGUGUUGACGGUAGCAAUACCCUGGUUAUCACUGCUGCGGUGUGAGUGUUGACCGUAGCAAUACCCUGGUCAUCACUGCUGCGGUGUGAGUGUUAACCGUAGCAAUACCCUGGUUAUGACUGCUACGGUGAUCGUGUUGACCGUAGCAAUACCCCGGUUAUCACUGCUACGGUGUGAGUGUUGACCGUAGCAAUACCAUGGUUAUCACUGCGGCUGUGUGAGUGUUGACCGUAGCAAUUCCUUGGUUAUCAGUGCUACGGUGAGCGUGUUAACCGUAGCAAUACCCUGGUUAUCACUGCUGCGGUGUGAGUGUUGACCGUAGCAAUACCCUGGUUAUCACUGCUACGGUGUGAGUGUUGACCGUAGCAAUACCCUGGUUAUCACUGCGGCUGUGUGAGUGUUGACCGUAGCAAUACCCCGGUUAUCACUGCUACGGUGUGAGUGUUGACCGUAGCAAUACCCUGGUUAUCACUGCUACGGUGAGCGUGUUGACCGUAGCAAUACCCAGGUUAUCACUGCUACGGUGUGAGUGUUGACCGUAGCAAUACCCCGGUUAUCACUGCUACGGUGUGAGUGUUGACCGUAGCAAUACCCUGGUUAUCACUGCUGCGGUGUGAGUGUUGACCGUAGCAAUACCCUGGUUAUCACUGCUGCGGUGUGAGUGUUGACCGUAGCAAUACCCUGGUCACCACUGCUGCGGUUUGAGUGUUUACCGUAGCAAUACCCUGGUUAUCACUGCGGCUGUGUGAGUGUUGACCGUAGCAAUACCCUGGUUAUCACUGCGGCUGUGUGAGUGUUGACCGUAGCAAUACCCUGGUUAUCACUGCUGCGGUGUGAGUGUUGACCGUAGCAAUACCCUGGAUAUCACUGCUACGGUGUGAGUGUUGACCGUAGCAAUACCCUGGUUAUCACUGCUACGGUGUGAGUGUUGACCGUAGCAAUUACUUGGUUAUCACUGCUGCGGUGUGAGUGUUGACCGUAGCAAUACCCUGGUUAUCACUGCUACGGUGAGCGUGUUAACCGUAGCAAUACCCUGGUUAUCACUGCUGCGGUGUGAGUGUUGACCGUAGCAAUUCAUUGGUUAUCACUGCUACGGUGUGAGUGUUGACCGUAGCAAUACCCUGGUUAUCACUGCUGCGGUGUGCGUGUUGACCGAAGCAAUAUACGGCUACAAGCCGUUUCCUGUUUCCCGGUGGACAUUUAAAGAUCCCGUGAUGUUGUUCGCAAGAGCAGGUCCCACUGUGCGUGUAGGGCGUUGCGGUCCGAAUUUGCCAAAUUAGAAAAAUGACUCCGCAGGUUACUCGAAUUGGGAUCGCACGCAGCAAUCAGUGCCCGCCCCUCCCCCUACCGGCCAAAUAAAAUCCCAGGGCACUCUGGGAAAUGA